AUGGCCCUCUCCCGAGACAAUCUCCGGCGCCAAGUACUCGUGGGUCCCGACAAACGACAUGGACCGAACAUCAACGGGCUCGGCCACGAACUCGGGUCCCGCGUGCCUCCGGCUCGUUUUCUUCCUCCGGGCCCGUUUAGGGUGGAAGCACGACAUUGCGGGGACGAUGCAGUUAGGGAGGAUGCACGAGGCCUGGCUGAAAGCGGGCCCAUCUGGCCUGGGCCGAAGGGGCCAAUGUGUUUCCCGAGUGGUGAACGGUGUUUUGUGGCAUGUCCAGGGCCCUCCGAGGCCCUUACACGGGAAGAAAGAAAUUAA